AAUAAUAAAAAUGCCAAAUCUUUUCGUAUAAGUAACGAUAGGUACGAAAUUAGGUACGUAAAGCCUUUAGAGUUGAGUUUUUUGCUAGAUACGAGAGGAUCAAAAACAUAGCUAUAUCCAAAAAGAUGAUCGGAAGAGAUGCUGCUUCGAUUCCCAACGUUGACUUACCAUCUACAACGGCGGGAUCACGAGUUUCAGCAUCGUUGCCAUACCGACGGAAAGGUCUUGUUAACGCCCGACAGGGAGAUGUUUUCUACGGCGAAGAUGACGUGGCAGAUUUGAUGUUUAGAGAAGACGAAGUGGAACAAGACUCGGUGAUGAGAGCUUACAGAAGUGACGAAGCUAUGAGAUCUAUUCAAGAUACGAGAAGACGAGAAAGAAGAAGAAGCUUCUUUUGCUUUGAAUGUUUCGACUUUCUCAUGCUUGUUUUCUCUAGAAAUAGGAACUAAUUAACAUACAUCUUGUAAAUUCUACUAGUCUUUUCUUGUUAGCUUUUUAAUUCAUCCAAAUUUAAUUAAAAACCAAAAAAAGUUCUUUUAAAUUGAUUGAUAAUUUGAUGAUAUGAACGACAAGAGUUUUUGUUACUGUUAUUUUAUAACAACAGAACAUUGCAAAUACAUAUGUGCGUUCAACGUUGACUAGAAAUUUGAAACCAGAGGUAGAUUUUACAACAGGUUACAAAUACCUUAAGUGGUUCUCUUUGGCGUCGACUUGUGAGCUUCGUUUGUUUUAUUUGCUUACUUCUUUCUUUCAUACCUUCUCUUGAUCAUGUUGGUUUAUCUCUUCGUUUUAUUUUUCGUCCUCUGGUUUGUAUUGAUUUCAUUAUGUGGGUUUGUGCUUUUCUCUUGUUUUGGAGGAUUUGGUCUUGCCGGUAUCCAAAAACGAAUUACCCAAAAUUACAUGAAUUGCCAAAAAUAUCCAUGAUUGUCCGAAUUUUAUUAUCAGAGAUUAUCCGUAUAUUUUCAUUUGGUAUAUCCAAAACUACCUGUGUUACUUGAUAUUUUCAUCCGAGGAGAAUUUUAAUCUGAAAUAAUCGGAAGUGCUCUAUAUUCUUACACGAACUAUCUACAAUACAUGAGGAAGAGAUUUUUUAUCUUAAAUAGUCAGAAUUACUUUAUAUUUUCUUCCGAACAUCCGAAGUUCCGAACAAUCCAAAAAGGAAGGGGAGUGUCUUUCCAAGAAGGUGAUUUUGAUGUCUACAUGACAUCUUUGAAUAAUCUCGACUUUUUCCUACGCGAAAUACCAUUAUAAAACUUUUACCAUGCGACUUUUCCUAACGAGCUCUAUUGUUUUAUAGGUCUAUCUUCAUCAUCGUCUACUUCAUCUAUUGAACUUCCAGAUGUGCUAGCCCCAUCAAUAUAGGUUAUCGCAUCUAUAUAUUUGAAUGGAUUUGUUUUUAAAGAAUAUUUUUCAUGAUUUUUUUUAGAAUGAUGCAUUCAUUGAUUCCAUGAUGGUAUUGAUGUGAAUGUACGAUAUAUUAUUUACUGAAAAACGAUAAGCAUUUGUGUUUUAUACAUAUCCAAUUAAGAUACAAUUCAUGGUUUUAGAUACAAUUCUGAGGUAUUUAUUCAAGAGUACAAUAGUUUUUCAAAUCUCAUAUGGUAUAUACUGUCUGUUAGCUUGAGUGGUAGUUUGUAUAGGAUAUAUUUUGUGGUAAGCAGUGGUGAGUAGUGCUUUCCCAGUCACCCCUUCCUAUAUUCCGAUCAAUCCUAAUUUAUCCAAAAAAAAUUCCCAAUAAAACAUCAAUCUUAUAAGAAUCAGCUGGUCAAAUUCAAAAUUAAUUACAAAUUUAUAGUUACUCAUUAGAGUACCAAGUAUCAUAUUCUUGUUCCUGUUUGAAGUCAUCUUCAACAUGAUUUUUCCAAUACAUUCACCCUUAGAUUGUGACAAGUUUCCCAUAUCUUUAGUUGAUCACAUUUCUUGCACUUCUAAUAUGUAUGAAAAUUUCUUUUCAGUGCAAAUGUAUGUAGUGGCAAUGUGGCAUGUAUUGUACCACCACUCUUUAGGGGUUUUCUUCAACCAUAUUAGUUUAUGUGACUAUAACACAUAACUCAGCUUCAAUCGGAUUUGCUUGAUUUUCAUUCAUAGUCUUCUUAUGACAUUCUAAAAGAUUUAUGAUCCGACUUGCCACAACUUUUAUACUUUCCAGUUGAUUUAUUCUUCAUGGAAACUCAGCGCCAGUCCAACUAUAUUGGAGCUCUCAUUCUGUGUGAUUAAAUAUACUUAGUUUUAAAAAAAUUGGACAAGGCUUGGACUAGGCGGCGGCUUCUAAUGACUUCAUAGCGGACCGGUCCUGUGGAAACAAACUUAAAUUUAGUGAAACCUUGAUGAACAAAUUUAAUAGGUCCAACUUUAUUAGGUCUUGCCUUUCUUUUUCCCUUAUUUUAGUACUCAACCACAUUCACAUUAUGAAUGUGAAUUGAUCCUUCUUUCUCGAGUUUCAGUGACUCAUUUUAUAGCCUGAUGAUCAUGUUUACCAAAGGCUUGUAAGAAACAUGGUUUUGAAGUAUGCUAAACUUGCUAAACGUAGUUUCAUGUUUCAGUUGUUGCUAAAAAAAGAAGUUUCCAUGUUUCAAUUGAAGAAGGUAAUCAAUUCAUAU